AUGGCUCUAGAGUCCCUCUCUCCAGAGAUCCUGUUAAUCACUCUCGAAUACAUAUCCUCCCCACUCGAUCUCAUCGCCGCUGUACAUGCCUCACCCAGUUUAUACCGAACCUUCAUCGCCUACAAACAACAUCUCCAGGGGAAUACCCUGACUCGAGCAAUACAUCCAACAUGCCGAGCAGACGCCUAUUCAGCGUUGGACGUCCAAAGGAUCCCACAGCAGAUUAAAUCCGGGACGAAAAUUGGAAAACUCAAAGCCGAAUGUUUCUCUAUCUUCGCCACCGACCGGAAACGCCGCUCCCAGAAACAUGAUGAGUUCAAAGCAGACAAUGACAAGCUGGAAACGUUGUUCAAUUUCCAGGCUAGUGUCGAGCGCCUCAUAGAUACUUUCUGCCAUUGGUCACUGGGCAAUCUAUUCUCAGCAGACCAAGACCACUCCCCAUUACCUCCACCAGCGACCAUCCCAAGAGCCAGAUUGUCACAUACAGAACGAGCCCGUCUGCAGCGCGCAUUUUAUCGCUGUGAGGUCUAUGCCAGAUUCCAUCGAGUCCUUCAACUCCAGGAUAAAAGUUCCGCGAUGAAUUUUAUUCCGAUUCUCAUGAGCUACGGUUCUCAAUUCCAACUGCACGAGUUCGAAGAAAUGAUCUGUGUCAGACAAUUCUUAGCAAAAUGUGUGGAAUCACUCUGUGAACGGGUAGAGGAUGAUUUCCUUGCUUUCUAUACUGGAAAGGGUCUAUUCGACGCAGGCGUCGGAAAGAAACCCGCUCAGGAACUUGAUAUCCCGACUGAAAAUUAUGACACUGGCAAAGCUUUCAAAGACUGCGGACUGUCGCUCUUGACAAGAGAUUACCGUAACGCACCCUAUCACGAUAACCACGUCAAAUACCUCGUAUCUUGCGGCCCGGCUUAUAUCCUCUCCUUGAACGAACUACCACCGCGAGAGCUCAAGCACGUCCUCCUCAAAUCAGAACGUCACUCGCAUGACUUGGAUAUAAAUGAUUACUUUGUUACGGAGGGUAUGAUAAAUGAUAGAUUGGAUGAGAGAUCCGAAAUGACCCUUUAUCGCGGCAAAGUGGUUUCCAUUGACCGCGAUGAAGUUGAUAAGCACAACCUGGGAUGGAAAUGGGGGACUAGUUUUGCCACUGGUGUCAAGCCAGAUUCUCCGUCUAAUGUUCUCCUUCGGAAUAUGGGUUAUGUCUUUUGGGACGUGAGACGUUUGGUGGAUUCCGGGCUUGUGGCUGAGCCUUACGUUGUUGCUAUUGGGACUGAUUGUUUUCCGGCUGGGUAUAAGAGGCCUUUUUCUAGGGGUAGUGUUGAGGAACAGCUUUUUCAACGGAAGGUUGACCUGGAAGUUUUGCGGCAAUGGAAGGACGAGUAG